AUGUCUCAUUUCAUUAGUAAUUACGAUUGUCUACUUUCUUCUGAUGAUGAGUUGGAAACAAUUGUAACUGCCUUUUUAAUUGAAGAUUCAUUGGAUGAUGAAGAAGGUUCGCGAUCACAUAUCAUUCCCGGCAAGCAACGACGUGUAUUUAUUAGGAGAAAUCCUUUGGAGGGUCACAUACGUCUCUACAAUGACUACUUUGCUGAUCCAUCGGUAUAUCCUCCUAAUAUAUUUAGGAGGAGGUUUCGAAUGAAUCGUGACCUCUUUCUUCAAAUUCUUAACAAUGUGGAGAAUCAUGAACCAUACUUCGUUCAAAGAAGAAAUGCUGCUGGAACUCUUGGGCUUUCUUCUUUACAAAAGGUGACUGCCGCCUUGAGGAUCCUUGCUUAUGGAGUUGGAGCUGAUCUCAUGGAUGAGUAUGUAAGAAUUGGAGAAACCACAGCCAUAAAGAGCAUGAAACUUUUUGUCAAAGCGGUACUCUCAAUCUUUGGAGAUGAGUACUUGCGGUCUCCAAAUAGCAAUGACAUUGCUAGAUUGCUAGCAGUCGGUGAGAAACGGGGAUUUCCAAGUAUGUUGGGGAGCAUUGACUGUAUGCACUGGAAAUGGAAGAAUUGUCCGACUACAUGGAGAGGUAUGUAUACUGGUCAUGCACAUGAGCCAACAAUUAUUUUGGAAGCAGUGGCGUCUUAUGAUCUUUGGAUAUGGCAUGCAUUUUUUGGUUUACCUGGGUCACAUAAUGAUAUCGAUGUGCUGGAAAGAUCUAAUAUAUUUACAGAACUUGCUGAAGGUCGUGCUCCUAAAGUUAACUACUCAAUCAAUGGCCACGAUUAUACUAUGGGAUACUAUCUUGCAGAUGGAAUCUAUCCUUCAUGGUCUACAUUUGUCAAAACCAUUCCAACACCACAAGGUCGUAAAAGGCAAUUGUUUGCAUCAGCUCAAGAAUCUACAAGGAAGGAUGUCGAGCGAGCAUUUGGAGUUCUACAGGCACGCUUUGCAAUUGUUCAUGGACCAGCACGAUAUUUUUGUCAAUCUGUACUGAAAGAUAUUAUGAUGGUGUGCAUAAUAUUACACAACAUGAUCGUUGAGGAUGAAAGAGAUUCUUACCUUAGAGCACAUGACUUUGAUUAUGACCAAGAAGAUGAUACAAACCUAGAACCAAUUUCCCAUUAUCCCACUUCUCAAUUUGUGGAUUUUCUUCAACGUCAUCGCGGCAUUAGAAACAAAGAAACUCAUUCACAACUACAAUUUGACCUUAUUGAACAUCAAUGGAUGCUACGAGGUGAAGAGUGA